AUGAUAGAAACACCUUUUUGUUUACCAGAUGAGCCAAUAGGUAAUGAAAAUAGAGUAAAUCAUGAUAUAAAACCAAUUGCGACAAGAUUCAUCUUAUCCAAUGUUAAGAGCAAGACAAAAAGUAUGGGAUUAACACUGUUGAAAAACUUGGUUAAAAAUAAUACGAACCAAAGAUAUGAAUAUUUUAAGUCGAAGAGUGAGCUAUACGAUGAAUUAAAAGAAACAUUGGGUAAAGGUUCAGGAGGAAGUGUUAAAAUAGUUCGGCGCAAGACAGAUGAUAGAAUAUUUGCGGCUAAAAUAUUUCGUCAUAAAAGUUCUGAUGAAAACCAUAAAGAAUAUUUUAAAAAGAUAACCAAUGAAUAUUGCAUUAGCAGCACAUUAAAUCAUCAAAACGUCAUCAAUACACUCCAUAUCGUAUAUGAUCGAUCACAUAAUCAAAUGAUCCAAAUCCAAGAAUAUUGUGAAUAUGAUUUAUUUUCUAUAGUGGUAUCGCAAAUGAUGACAUACAAAGAGAUUAAAUGCUGUUUUAAACAGAUAUUACACGGAGUCCAAUACUUGCAUGGAAUUGGUAUAGCCCAUCGAGAUUUGAAACUCGACAAUUGUGUCAUUACCAAAAAUGGCACGGUCAAAAUAAUAGAUUUUGGAGUCGCAAUGAUAUACAGAGACCCUCCACCACAAACUACAAAAUCUAUCAUAAUGAGUACUGGAAUAGUUGGAAGUGAUCCGUAUAUACCUCCUGAGGUGUAUAUGUUUAACAAGUAUGAUCCAAGAGCUGUUGAUAUUUGGUCAUUAUCGAUAUUAUUUGUAUGUAUGUAUACGAGGAGGUUUCCAUGGAAGGGACCUCAUUUAAAUGAUGAAUCAUUUCAAUUAUUUUGCCAAGGCCGCGGUAGUAGAUCAUUGAAGCAACUAUUAACAUGUCGCAAACAAUCCUGUUCCCACAAACGAUCCAAACCAAGGAAACAUACUAACGGCAGUGGCAAGACAGAAGAAGGUUCAAAUAUUGUGGGGCCUGAAUUCUUACUACAGCAAAUACCCGCCGAAGCAAGAGGUACUAUAGAUCGAAUGUGUCGGUUGGCUCCAAGUGAACGAAUUGGCAUCAAUGAGCUUUUGGAAGAGGAUGAAUGGUUGCAAGAGAUUGAAAUGUGUAGUUCUAGAGGAAUUGACGAUAGUCCUAUUAUGUAUCCUCAUCACCACCAUACGCAGGUGUCAUCAGAUAAAUCACAUAUGGCGAAAUGGAGAAAAAACAAAACAUGA